AUGGAGUUUGCAUCAGCGCUGCGCGACUCAUUUCCCCUAUCGCUGCUCUUAUCGGGUCUCAUCGCAAUGGGCCUCCUGUCUUGGGCGCGCCCGAGCGGGCGAAUUUCCUUCUUUCACGCCAAGGACAAUAAGCUCGUGUUGACCAAGAAGUCAAGUCAGUCGGGCACAAAGGAGCAAACAACCUUGGUUGAUCUCUGUCGCGAUGCGACUCCCGACACAUGCCAUCUCAACCCUCUAUUGUUCAAUGGCCAUCUGCAGACGAUGUACACGGUCUUGAAACAUGAUAAUGUUCCCGUGUACUACAAGCGGAAGGUGUUUGAGGCUGAUAGCGCCAUGUUCUCUGGGACAUAUGCUAUUGAUUUCGUUGUCAAGCCUUAUGAGAUGCCGCCCGAGGGCGAGUUGACGGAUCAGGCGAGAAAGUAUACUCAGCCUUCAGGCCUGCCGACUCGUACGUCGUUUUAUUCGGAGGAGGAGUUUGCAGGCAUUGCUUCGAAUGAUACGAAGCCCAUGCUGGUUGUUUUGCAUGGUUUGAGUGGAGGUUCGCAUGAGGUGUAUUUGCGCCAUGUCCUUUCGCCUCUCGUGGCUGAUGGGGCAUGGGAGGCAUGCGUGGUCAACUCGCGGGGUUGCGCGCAGACGAAGAUUAGCACGGGAAUACUGUAUAAUGCGCGUGCAACGUGGGAUGUACGCCAGUCAGUGAAGUGGCUUAAGAAGACCUUCCCUAAUCGUCCUCUUUUCGGCAUUGGAUUCUCGCUUGGUGCUAACAUUCUCGCAAAUUAUUUGGGUGAAGAAGGCGAUCACUGUCAAUUGAAGGCUGCAGUGCUCUGUGCUAGUCCCUGGAACUUGGAUGUCAGCUCUGUCAACUUGGUAAGCUCUUGGCUUGGCAAGGAGGUAUACAGUAAGACGAUGGGCUCUAGCAUGAAGAGGCUUUUCGAAGCCCACGUUGACGAAGUGUCCAAGAACCCUCGCAUUGAUGUUGAGACUGUCAGAAGCAUCACUUAUCUACAUGAGUUCGAUCGAGCCCUUCAAUGUCCCGCCUGGGGUUAUCCGACCGAGGGUGCUUACUACCGUGACGCCGCAUCUACGGACGCAAUGCUUUCGAUUCGCAUUCCGUUCUUCACCGUGCAGGCUGAGGAUGAUCCCAUUGCAUCCCGCAACGCACUGCCAUUCCACGAAAUGACUCAGACCCCCUACGGUGUCAUGAUGACCACGUCGUGGGGUGGCCACCUCGGCUGGUUCGAACUUGGUGGUGCUCGUUGGUUUGUCAAGCCGGUUACCAACUUCUUGAACAAAAUGGCCCAAGAAAUCGACACGUCGAUUCCUGGCGUCGUCGAGCACCCGGAGAAGCUGCCAGGGCAUAUUGCCAGCCACCCUGGCCUUGAAAAGGACGCUGACUUGGCACCGAAGCCCGAGUUCCGGCCUGUGAAUCGCAAGCUUGAUAUGAAGCUGCCCAAGUAA